AUGGCAGCGCCCCCUGGAUCCCCACCGGCCGGGGCUGCAGAGGCGCCGCCGUCCCAGCCCGGGGAGCUGACGGCGGAGCAGGGCUCGGUGAGCGCCAAGCCGGGCGGGAGGGGAGCGGCCAGAGCCGGGCGGGUGCGGGAGGUUGUGGAUGUCCGGUUGCAGCCCUUUCUUCAGGUCAGCAGAGCUGGUCGCCUCUCAUUCUGUACCAAGGUGUGCUAUGGCAUUGGUGGGGUCCCCAACCAGGUAGCCUCCAGCGCCACAGCCUUUUACCUACAGUUGUUCCUGCUUGAUGUGGCACAGAUUCCUGCUGCCCAGGUGUCACUUGUCCUGUUUGGAGGGAAGGUGUCUGGGGCAGCUGCCGACCCUGUAGCUGGAUUCUUCAUCAACAGAAGCAGGAGGACAGGGUCUGGACGGCUUAUGCCCUGGGUGCUGGGCUGCACACCCUUCAUCGCCCUGGCCUACUUCUUCCUGUGGUUCCUGCCCCCCUUCACCAGCCUGCGUGGCCUCUGGUACACCACCUUCUACUGCCUGUUCCAGGCCAUGGCCACGUUCUUCCAGGUACCCUACACGGCGCUCACCAUGCUCCUCACCCCGAGCUCCACGGAGCGGGAUUCUAUCACUGCAUACCGGAUGACCAUGGAGAUGGCAGGGACACUGAUGGGAGCCACUGUCCACGGGUUCAUCGUGUCUGGUGCCCACCGGUCCAACCGCUGUGAGGACACCGAGCUCCCUGUGCCUGCUGCUGUCUCCCCGGAUGCCACUCGUCUCUACUCCAUUGCAGCUGCUGUGGUGGUGGCGACUUACCACGCGUGCAGCGGGUUGCUCUGCCUCGGGGUGAAGGAGCAGCCAGAUCCCUCUGCCUCUGCCUCAGGUCAGGGCCUGGGCUUCCUGGCUGGGCUGGGCCUCACUGCCCGGCACCCGCCUUACCUGAAACUAGUGGUCUCCUUCCUGUUCAUCUCAGCUGCUGUUCAGGUGGAGCAGAGCUACCUGGUCCUGUUCUGUACCCAUGCCUCCCGACUCCAUGACCACGUCCAAAACUUGGUGCUAAUCAUCCUGGUCUCAGCUGUGCUGAGCACCCCGCUGUGGGAGUGGGUUCUCCAGCGAUUUGGGAAGAGGACACCAGCCGUCGGGAUCUUUGUGAUGGUGCCGUUUGCAAUCUUACUGGCUGCUGUGCCCACGGCACCUGUGGCAUAUGUUGUGGCCUUCUUCUCUGGCGUGAGCAUUGCUGUGUCCUUGCUGCUACCAUGGUCCAUUCUGCCAGAUGUGGUGGAUGACUUCCAGCUGCGGCACCAGCACGGCCCGGGCCUGGAGACCAUCUUCUACUCAUCCUAUGUCUUCUUCACCAAGCUCUCAGGCGCCGGCGCCCUGGGCAUCUCCACCCUCAGUCUGGAGUUUGCAGGAUAUAAGGCAGGAGCCUGCAAGCAGGCAGAGGAGGUGGUGGUCACCCUCAAAGUCCUCAUCGGUGCCGUGCCCACUUGCAUGAUCCUUACUGGUCUGUGCAUCCUCCUGGUCAGCCCCACUCCCAAGGUGCCGAGUCAGGACACCUCCUGCCAGCUAAGCCUUCGGAGGAGGACCAGCUACAGCCUCGCUUAAGUUUGAAGGACACACACCUGUAAUCCCA